AUGUUGGUAAUAUUUACAGCCAUCGCUACCAUUGAGGGUGACACUAUUACCACGUUCGAUGGGCUGACCUACGACUUGACCAAGAGCUGCACUUUCCUCCUAGCUAAAGACAACGUCAACGGUAAUUUCACAGUGGUCCUCAACAAGGAAAACAACAAUAAAACCCUGGUUAUUAUCGCUGACGGGAAGGCCAUUGAGCUCUUAGCCGAUGGACAGAUCAAGGUUGAUCGGCAGCUAACUGCAUUACCAGCGGUCUUUAGAGACACAACGAUGACGUCACUGAAUGGCCACGUGAAAAUCAAUGUUGCUGGCCAUCUUGACGUUGACUACGUGAAAGAGCUCGACUCGUACACUAUUGUGAUGAACGGCUUCUACUUCGGAAAGACAAACGGACUCCUCGGUAGCUAUGACAACGAGCCCUACAACGACAUGAUGACGUCGUUUGGAAAGCCAAGUGACAAUGCUGACCGCUUUGUGAAGACCUGGGAAGUUGGCACUGGCAAAUGCCGCUGA